GGUACUGGUCUUGGUCUUUAAGCUUAGCUGCUAAUGCUGUUGGGGGGUUCUAGCCAGGAUGGGAUAGUCUCGUCAUGUAUCUUCGGGUUGUGAUGCUUCUUGAAGCGGCCGGGACUCGGGAUGCAGGGUGGGUCUAACUCCACCUCCCCUCCCAUGUCAAUGAAAAGAAAAGGUGCAGGUCUUUGACGCGUCUAUCCUGGGGGAAAGUGAGCGUUUUUGGCCGCAUGGAAGACAGAAUUUGCCGGUACUGAGGUGGAAUAAUCCCGGAUCGAAUGAGAUGCCUUUUUUUUAGAGGAUAUCUAUUGAAUAUUUCUGUAUUCAGCCUAAAAUGACUCGGAUCCCUUUGCAUCCUCAUUAGGAGGUGACCGGCUCGCAUCUAUCUGACACCGGGGAAGGGGGUGCCGUUGGACGGCAAAGGGCCCCACUGCUAGUGCUUGAAGAGGGAGGAGGACACCGGAGGUAGAAGGGAGGGGUACACCGGGAGCCAGGGGCUGUGCGGCGGCUCCAUGAGCGGCUCCCCCCGGGAGGAGGGACAGCCCUGCAGAGCCCAGCCGGAGCGUCUCCACCGCCGCGGGUAGCGAGAGAGUCCCCGCCAAGAGGACCAGCGGUGGGCCAGUUUGGAAGUUUGGAUGCAUAUGAUCACAACCACCAUGAUUUUUAUGAUUCUGGGUGCCUCAGUUGUAAUGGCGAUCGCCUGUUUAAUGGACAUGAACGCACUACUGGAUCGCUUUCACAACUACAUCCUGCCACAUCUACGAGGGGAGGACCGCGUCUGUCACUGCAACUGUGGGAGACAUCAUGUCCACUACGUAAUCCCGUACGACGGGGACCAUUCCCUGGUGGACUCGUCUGAGAACUACUUUGUAAGUGACAGUGUGACCAAGCAGGAGAUGGACUUGAUGCUGGGCCUGCUGCUGGGCUUCUGCAUCAGCUGGCUCUUGCUGUGGCUGGACGGCGUCCUGCACUGCGCCGUCAGGGCCUGGAGGUCGAGCCGCUACUACGAUACGCCGUCCUGGUCGUGGCUGCCUCAGUUCUGUAACUUCCGAGAGCUGCGUCGCCGGGCCCAGCUCCGACAGCUGGACGACUCCAGCGGCAACAUGGUGCACAUUAAGCAGAAGCUCUACCACAACGGCCACCCGAGCCCUCGCCACCUCUGACUCAACAACAAGAAAAACCUGAGCCUGCCCUUCGAGAAUACUCCUUCCCCUUUCUGAAAAUGUUACUUCCUCACAGGAACCCCACCCUGUAUGGGCCCAAAUUGACGCAAGGAGGUGAUCACCUGGAGGAGGAUCGGCAACAAAAACAUUUUUAAGAGUGUUUUUUCUGUAUAGAGACAUUUUCUGUGUUGAUUGUUUAACUCGGCAUGCUCUUUUAGAACAGGGUAAUAUGCGGGCAGUGUUUGUUUUUUCUUUUUGGGUGGGCGUGAAUGCAGGGUGGUUUUUUUGUGAUGUUAGAUUGCUGCUUGUGUACAUAGUUCUAAAUAAGGGGUCAGUGGGGAUUUUGAUUACGUGUUUCUCACUAAUGAUUGGCUUGACGGGUCCAGGAUUACAGCGAAGGAACCAAUGAAAGAUGGAUGCGGAAACAUGUGUCUCACACACAUACACACACACACACACACACACACACACAGAUUGAAUUAGCUUUGUUACAUAGUGAAAAAACUGAAUGUAAUUUUAUUUCUUGUAAAUAUGUGAGAGGGAGAGGGGAGGUGGGGGCAAAAAUCGUUGUGCUUUGGGUUCUCUUUGCUUUGUAUUUUAUUAUCACACACUAGUACAUUCUAGUUUAUUUUCUUAACAUUUUGCUUGCCGCUAGGCAGAAUUCACAGGGCUCAAGCAUCAGCUUGGUCAAUGAAAAAUAUGAUGCACACACAGCCCUAAAAAAAUUAUAAAACAAAUCGAUGUACCAUAUUUUCUCAAAUAGUGCCCUCUCUUAUAGACCAUUUGGAAAAAAUACUUUUCAUUAUUAUUACUAAUACAAAUAAGGCUUCCUAAUGAAUGCCUUACCCUAAUACUGUAUAUGCCCGGUGCUCUCUGCAGUUUAGUAAAUACCCCCAACACUAUAUGAGAAUUACCAGUAAUUUUGCAAGCAAAAUCGCUGUUCUGUAUUACAAAAUACAUAUUUGAAAGCAAGACACAAUUUAAGUGUAAACUCUCAUAUUUGAGUUUGUCUUUUUAACAAAAUAUUUUAUGUUUUGUCACCAUCAGACAUGAAGCGAGGGGAACCCACAUUUGCCCCCCCCCUCCUCCACUGUCCAGGCAUUGCUGUUGUGAGGAUGAGAUGUCUGUUUUAUUAAAAGUGCCACUGAAGCACAGCAGUGA